AUGUCCGUCUACAGAAAUAGUUUGGGAUUUCUUGCACAACAUUCUUAUCAAAGUGGGAUCUCGCAGGAAGCCUUCAACAAUGAUCCAAUGGCUAAGUCUGAAAAUGGUGGAUCAAGUGUUCAACCCAAUGGGAACAUGCGUCGUACAACCUUGGUCACUUCACCCACUACGCCACCCCGAAUGGUAGAUCCUUCGUCAAAACAGAAUUCUUCGAGUGCAGCGUAUCAGACGAAUACCUCUUUUCUGCAUCGGCGUUAUCUUUUUAGCCCAUCGCAAGACGAAGAAUCUACUCCCGAUAUUCUGAAGCAUCAACAAGUGGCAACUUCUCUUGGUGAUCCAAAUCAAUUCCAAAACUGCGCUGGGGGGGAAGAAGGCAGUAAUGCUUUUUUAGUAUCAACAAAGGAACUUCAUGGUGAAUCGAAAUUUUCAACAGGCCUAAAUUCUUAUCAAAGACACAUCAAACGGAACGAAAACAGUGGAGGCUCUCUAGGGUUAGCCAAUUCGCGGUUAUCUACCCUAAGGCAUCGCCAAGUAGAAUCGUGUAAUUACGGCCAAGCGGUGCACGCGACGUUCACUCAGAGUUCAUCCUCGCUGCACGACCGAGAGGACGAAGCGAUGAAGCCCAAGGAGACAGCGAGUUCGGCCCCACGUGCACCACAAACCCCCCGCAGCAAACCAUCCACUUUUCUUUCUGCUGAAGAGCAGCAUCCACCUGGAAGAGGUUCCAAUCGUAUGCAAGAAAACAUGCCGUAUGAGGCUUUACAUGCGAAGUAUACUGAGAGCAAGAACCUUGCUUCUGAUCAGGUUCUUUUUGGAAAUCCAAAAGACCUGCAACACCAAUUAACUGAUGAUCGGAAAGCUAUCCAAGCAAAUGUGCCAUAUGCUGCAUCCUUCGAUUGCCAAGAAAACCAGCAUGACUGCAGGAAGGAAUACGAUUACUGUUUCAGGCGACAAAGUAUCGUGCCCUCCCCAGAAAAGACAGAUACUCCGCUGUCUUGCUCUUAUUGUAUACCCCACGUCGCUAUAUCCCCGCCUUCCCCACCCUCAAGGGGGUGCAGAGAUCCUGUUGCUUUACACCUUUUUGCAGAAGAAAACAGCUUCGGAAAGUUCUCAGGUAUCCACCAUGACACUAUGCUAGUUAAUAAGGAUUCUGAUCUUGCCUGUGGUUGCACCCCUGAAAAGAUAGCUAGUAUUAGAAAAGCAGAUGAUUCAGGGAAUAAAGCAAGGUUCUCUCCAGAAGGUAUUGAUCUGAACUCGUCCCGCAUCCCUCAAAAGGGCGGCUCUCUUGAUAAGGGUAUCGAAAAUGCGUGUGAUACUUCAUCCCUGAGUCUCCUCGCAGAUUACCUUUGUAGCAAAGUCCGAUGGCUCGAGGAAGAAAAUGAGUCUCUACGGCGGUGUGUGCUCCAGAAUUUGGAUGGCUACGGAGGAACUGCAGGUUCUUUUCCUUCAAGGUCCAGUCAACGUGGCUGCGAAAGCUCACAUGGUAUGCAAUCCAGACAACAAGUAGAAGGCAUGAAAGCUGUCGCUCACGGGUCGAGCCACCCUGUAGAAAUCGCAAAAAACGGCACCUCUAAGGACCAACAUGGUAAUCUUGUGGACGAUGUUGCUUUCCGCGGAUCCCUAUCUACUCGGAAGAAAGAAACCCAUGUAUACGAAGAAACCACAUCGCGUGCCUCAAAAAUUUCUGCUGCUGAGCACAAAGAAAGGCAAUCUAUUCGAUUAGAGGAAAGAUCCCCUCCUUUCCAAGCAUCACCAACUUGUGCGUUGACUUCAUACAAAGCAGAUUUGCAUUCUCCGUCACGCAACCACGACGAAAAAAGCGAUAUAGCGGCCUACGUGCCCACCCUUAAUAUGCGCUAUAACACGGUGCACGAGUCUGGACAGGGCGUUAAAAAAAGUACCAGCGCGUUCAAUGCCUCUUAUGUUGCACGGGACCCCUAUAAAAGGCAGGAUUCUGCUUUCAACGGCAGCUGGAAACAUGAUUUGGGAAGCCAAGGAUUCAUUUUUGGAGGUGGUAGCGCUGCUGCCGAGGGCCCCGACGAUUAUGGUGCUAAGUGUGGUAGGAUUUCAACGAAUGAAGUGGGGCCUGAGAGCAAGCGCCAUAUCACGCCGAGCCGGUCUAACCCCUUGUCUUGCAAUGCCUCAAAUGAGGUUCAACCCCCCAGCAGGCUCACGCACGAGGAUAUUUCUCGAUUAGAUGCCUAUUACAGCUACCUGUAUGCUACACAUCAGUAUCUUUCGGGGUUACAUAACGCAAUCUCGUCUACCGGUAAGAAGCUACAAGGUAUUCUUAGCGCCACCUUGCCACCAAAAAAAGAUUUUUCCUUCAAUAGAGAUACGGAUUUCAAGACAGGUGCAACUUUUCGAAGUUCCAAUGAACCCGCCCCGGCAAAUAUCGAGAUGCCAUUUCUAAGGUACGGCGCUGAGGGAGUUCCAACACAUGCAUGGGGAAAAGGAAUAAAAAGUUUAAGGGCUAGUCCCCGUCGCUUUUCAGAAGACUUUCGCUACUCAUCGCAUAUGAGUGAAAAAGACGGUACUUGUGCGAGGUUCGCGAGUAAUGACCAUUUCGUUUGCGAGCACGAGUUUUCGAGACCUAAGCAGCUAGUACUCUUUCCUAUGUCGGCACGUUCAACCACUAAAGGAAUAAAAUUAAUCUCAAGAUCAUCAACUCGCCCUCCAUUUGGAUUAUGUUCUAAUGCGCAUAAUGCACACUGGACGCAACACACAGACGCUUCCUGUAAAAUUCAACCGCUUACUGCAAACGGUGCAAAAGCAACACCAAUGUUCCAAAAUAAAAGGGGUAUUUCUUUCCAAGGUGACGUUGUGCGUUCGUCAGAAAUGGAAGAUAAGCCUGUGGGUACACCUGAUGCCCGCACAAUGACAUUUGGUAGAUAUCCUUCUUUCUGGCAACGAAGCACACCAUUAGCUUCUCAAACACCGAUAACUGCGCCGUUGGCUCCAAUUACUCAUUCCUCAAAAAUUAACGUGGAUAAAUUAACAGACGAACGCACUACGUGUAUCCGCAACGUUCUUGAGGGCGACCACAAAAACUGCACGCCAUCGUUAGAGGAUCAAGAUGAAGGGGAGGGGAACAUCAGAAAACGAUUUGAAGUGUCGCCUUGUCGAAGUAAUCGAACUCCUCAGUCUUCUAGAUCCUGCAUGAAAUCCUGUAUUGAUCCCUAUUCGCAUUCGCCCUUUGUCAACUCAAUGAGUGCAGGGAAAAGGAAAGCAAAUGGAAGAAGUCGCUUUAGUUUACAUAAAAGCCUUGUUAGUUAG